GUUCCUCGUGGCGGCUUUAGACCAGCCUUUGACGAGCCGAUCGUUUUUCUCGUCGCAUUGGUCUGCAGCGACAGCUUCCGGGAGAACCAGUGUGAGCGCAGCUUUUCACUCGGUCAUACCCUUGGUUUGCAGUUGUUGCGUCUGUACUUCGAGGUUUGCCAGGGCCAAGCGACUCCGCCGCCGCUCGCAGGGAGGUUCUGAACACAGCACGAAGGGCUUUUUUGACGAUUGGGCACGCUGGGUGGAGGACGACUUCGUUGCAAAGCUCGACCUGGUGGAGGAAAGCUUGCCGUCAGAGUUUGCCCGAAGGAUCGGCACCGUGCCUUCAAGCUCGAAGAGUGCGGAUGGCUCACCGGAGGCCAUCAUCGAAUCGCGAGUCUGGUCGGGGCAGGCCCCCGACGCGCCCGUGCGGCGUGUCCGCUACGUCUCCGUGGAUGCGGGGCCUCAGCUCCAGGCCUUCAACGCCGUUGUCUACCCCGCACCUUCUCACGGGCUGCAGCCAGUGCUGGGUGUAGAUGUGCUUUCCUUCAAUUCCCACAAGCGCCAGCUGUUUGGAGUGGACUGGGCCCCGAUGCUGCCAGAGUCGGGACACAUUGAGGAGCGAAUCGCACCCUUUGUCCGUUCCAUCUACGACGACUUUGAGGCUUUUCGCAGUGCUCCUGGCGGCAAGGUCUACGGGGAAUCGCCCGAAUUCUUCAGCCCCUACAUGUUUUUCAGCCGACCUGAGGGCCCCGAGGCGAUCUCUGCGGGCUCCGAGCUUUGGCGGGUCUUCACCCGGUACUUCGAUGCGUACCGAGAAGUGCUGUCGGACAGCCCCGUCGUGGAUGAAGUCUGCUCUGCACAAGCACAGGAGAGGCAGGACGCUUACGACGCCUGGCACGCAGAGCGAGACCCGGCGUUGAAGGUCUUCGGCAACAUGUUUGGUGAGGAGUGGACGGAG